CACCUGUAAGGUGUGACUCGUAAUACUCUUUGAUUCUCCUCCUUAUUUUCUCUCUUUUCCUCUUUUUUCUGUGUUCAUCAGCAGCACACCCAAUCCCUUCUUGUUCUUCUUCCUCGACAGAAACCCUAAUUUAUAUCAAUAACCCUAACCCUAGUCGAAGGAAAUGGUGAAGGGUCCUGGACUUUACUCCGACAUCGGCAAGAGGGCCAAAGAUCUUCUGUACAAGGAUUAUCAAAGUGACCACAAGUUUACCCUUACCACUGUCACCUCCGCUGGAGUUGCUAUCACUUCUACUGGGGCAAAGAAGGGAGACUUGUUUUUGGCUGAUGUCGGUACUAAGUUUACAAAUAAGAAUGUUACGACGGAUGUGAAAGUUGAUACUAACUCCAAUCUUCUCACUACAAUUACAAUUGAUGAACCUGCACCGGGCUUGAAGGCAAUUUUCAGCUUUCGUGUUCCUGAUCAGAGAUCUGGAAAGGUUGAACUCCAAUACUUGCACGAAUAUGCUGGAAUCAGCACAAGCAUUGGUCUGACAGCAAACCCCAUUGUUAACUUCUCUGGAGUUAUUGGAAGCAGUACUCUUGCUUUGGGUACUGACCUUUCAUUUGACACUGCUUCUGGAAAUUUCACCAAGUGCAAUGCUGGGCUGAGCUUUACCAAUGCUGAUCUCAUUGCAUCUUUGAAUGUGAAUGACAAAGCGGAUACCUUGAACGUUUCAUACUAUCAUAUUGUAAGCCCACUGACCAAUACUGCUGUUGGUGCGGAGCUGAACCACAGCUUCUCAACUAAUGAGAACACACUCACCAUUGGAACUCAACAUGCAUUGGAUCCACUGACAUCAGUCAAGGCUCGUGUUAACAACUAUGGGAAAGCGAGUGCCCUAAUCCAGCAUGAAUGGCGUCCUAAAUCUACUAUCACCAUAUCUGGCGAGGUAGACACCAGUGCCAUCGAAAAGAGUGCUAAGGUUGGAUUAGCUUUGGCUUUGAAGCCUUGAUAGCCGUCGUUAAGAUUUCUGUUCGGUGAAGAUUUAUGAAAUGGGAAAAUAAGUAGGGGCAAAAGACAGUUUUAGAGAACUUUUUGUUUGUAAUGCCUUCAUAUGGGUUUGUUGACUUUCGUUUUGGUGGUCAAUUGUAAAAAAUAAUUCUAGCUGGUGUUGGACGACCAGUUACCUUUUAUUUACAUCCCUUGGUCUAUAACUAUAUUUUACAAAUCUUACCUUGCUCAUGAGAAGGGUUUUCUUUCAUGAGUAACAAUUUUAUUUGUCUGUUGUACUUUCUGGAUUGCAAUCUGGUUUUGUUUUGAA